AUGCUGAAACGCAGCGUCUCGAGCAUCUCCCGACCAACCACAGUCCGUCUUUUCCUCUUGACUACUCGAUCGUUCAUCGUUUUCAUCUCUGCACUUCGUCUUCCUCUUCGUCUUCCUCUUCGCCUUUCGUCUUCCCGUCUCGUUGCUUUUUUAUAUCCACGGUCACAUGACCCCGGCGCUUCUAUCGAACUCUUCUUCCUUCUGCGGCGGGUUUUUUUUCCUUCGUUGCGACCUUCGUUGUCCAUCGACUCGCUCUUCUGCGUCCUGCGUCUGCUCGCUCGUCCCCGCGGCCUCGUUGCCUCGUUGCUUCAUUGCUUCCGUGACAAGGCGAGGGAGAAGAACCUCAAGGAGGCGGCCAGCCAUAAGAAGAAAAAUGAGAUGAGCGGGACUGAGUUUGCUCGUACUAAGGAGGCUCAGGCUGAAAUUAUGCGGAAGAAACAAGAAGCUGGUUCGUAG